AUGAGUUUUAAAAAUAAAGUAAUUGUAAUAAGUGGAGCUGCCUCUGGUAUAGGAAGGGAAAUUGCCAUUAAGUUUGCUAAAUUAUCUGCAAAUUUAUCAUUACUAGAUAUCAACUUAGAAAAUUUGAAAUCCGUCGCAAAAGAAUGUCGUGAAUUGAGUGAAUCUAAAGUGUUUACAUUGGUUGCAGAUUUAGGAAAGAGUGAUAAUGUGAAAACUGUCGUUGAUUUAAUAAAACAAGAGUUCGGGAAGAUUGAUGUACUUGUAAAUAGUGCCGGCAUUGCUCGUGCCGGUGAUAUAAAAUGUGCUAAUUUAUUGGAGGACGUUGAUAAUGUUUUUAAUAUAAAUCUUAUUUCUGGCGUAACUCUAACACACUAUGCUGCAGAGGCUUUAAUAGAGAGUAAAGGAUGUAUUAUUAAUAUAGCAAGUAUAAUGGCAGUCAAAGCAUGUAAAGGCUCACUAGCGUACAAUGUAUCAAAAGCUGCGGUGUUACAAUUUACAAAAUGUGUGGCCUUGGAGCUAGCAGACAAAGGAGUUCGUGUGAAUUGUAUAUCACCAGGGUCAGUGAAGACAAAUGUUUUGAAUAAUGUACUACCACCUUCGGUAGAUAUCAAAAAGUUUUGGGAUGAUAUGAUUGAGGACCAUCCAUUGCAACAGUUAACUACGACCGACGAUAUAGCACAUAUGGCAGUGUAUCUGGCAAGUGACAAAGCAAAAAGUAUCACUGGCUGUGAUUAUAUUGUAGACUCCGGAAAAACAUUAACCAAGUUUGGUCAUGAAUAUUAA